AUGAUUUUUUUGUUCUCCUUUUUUUCUUUUUCUUUUUCUUUUUGGCACUUCCCAUAUUCUCAGCCACCAUCCACCCCUAGUCUAGCCUGCUCGAAUCUAUCUCUCUAUCCGUUUAUAUCUAUCUAUCUAUCUAUCUAUCUAUCUAUCUAUCUAUCGCAGUCUGUUCACAUCUAUCUAUCUCGCUUUCUUUCUCUCUCUCUCUAUCUGUCUAUCUAUAUAUCUAUCUAUCGCAGUCUUUUCAUAUCUAUCUAUCUAUCUAUCGCAGUCUGUUCAUAUCUAUCUAUCUCUCUCUCUCUCUCUCUCUCUCUCUCUAUCUAUCUAUCUAUCUAUCUAAACUCAGUCUGUUCAUAUCUAUCUAUCUAUCUUUCUAUCUAUUUACCGAUCGAUCUCUGUUCAUAUCUAUCUAUCUAUCUAUCUAUCUAUCUGUUAAUAUCAUUCUCUAUAUAUUUAUUUCUAGAUAUCUAUGUGUCUAAGUCCGUUAAUUUCUAUAUCUAUCUAUCUCAGCUUUUUAAUAUUUGUCUAUGUCAGUCUGUUAAUAUCUAUCUAUCUAUCUAUCUAUCUAUCUAUCUAUCUAUCUAUCUAUCUAUUUCAGUGUAUUCGUAUAUAUCUAUCUUUAUCUCAGUCUAUUCAUAUCUAUCUAUCUAUCUAUCUAUCUAUCUAUCUAUCUAUCUAAGCCUUCCUUCCCUGCUUGCUUGCUUCUUUCUUUCUUUCUUUUUUCUUUCUUUUUUUCUCCUAACAUAUCCCAAUCCUUCCUUCCUUCCUUCCUUCCUUCCUUCCUUCCUUCUUUCCUUCCUUCCUUCUCUCUCUCUCUCUUUCUUUCUUUCAACUGAAAUAUUCAAAUCUUCGUUUGUUUGUUUGUUUUUGUUUCUUUCUUUCUUUCUUUCAAUUUGUGUCUUCUUUUUAUUCCUUUUUUUCUUUCUUUCUUUCUUUCUUUCUUUCUUUCUUUCUCCUAACAUAUCCCAAUCCUUCCUUCCUUCCUUCCUUCCUUCCUUCCUUCCUUCCUUCCUCCCUUCUCUCUCUCUCUCUCUCUUUCUUUCUUUCUUUCAACUGAAAUAUUCAAAUCUUUAUCUUUCUUUCUUUCUUUCUUUCUUUCUUUCUUUUUUCUUUCUCCUGAAAUAUUCAAAUCUUUGUUUGUUUGUUUGUUUGUUUGUUUUUGUUUGUUUGUUUUUUCUUUUUCUUUCUUUCUUUUUCUUUCUUUCUUUCUUUCUUUCUCCUAAUAUAUUCAGAUCUUUCUUUCUUUCUUUCUUUCUUUCUUUCUUUUUCUAUAUAUUCAGAUAUCUUUCUUUUCUUUUUCUUUCUUUUCUUUCUUUCUUUCUUUCUUUUUUCUUUCUCCUGAAAUAUUCAAAUUUUUGUUUGUUUGUUUGUUUGUUUUUUUUGUUUGUUUUUUUUGUUUCUUUCUUUCUUUCUUUCUUUCUUUCUUUCUUUCUUUUUUUUUUUCUUUCUCCUAAUAUAUUCAGAUCUUUCUUUCUUUCUUUCUUUCUUUCUCCCUUAUAUUCAGAUUUUUUUUUCUUUCUUUCUUUCUUUCUCCUGAAAUAUUCAAAUCUUUGUUUAUUUGGGUUUUUUUUUUGUUUGUUUGUUUGUUUCUGUGUUUCUUUCUUUGUUUGUUUCUUUCUUUUUUCUUUCUUUCUUUCUUUCUUUCUUUCUCCUGAAAUAUUCAAAUCUUUGUUUGUUUGUUUUUUUUUCUUUCUUUCUUUUUCUUUCUUUCUUUCUCCUAAUAUAUUCAGAUCUUUCUUUCUUUCUUUUCUUUCUUUCUUUCUUUCUUUCUUUCUCCUGAAAUAUUCAAAUAUUUAUCUUUCUUUCUUUCUUUCUUUCUUUCUUUCUUUCUUUCUUUCUCCUGAAAUAUUCAAAUCUUUGUUUGUUUGUUUGUUUGUUUGUUUUUGUUUGUUUGUUUUUUCUUUCUUUCUUUUCUUUCUUUCUUUCUUUCUUUUCUUUCUUUCUUUCUUUCUCCUAAUAUAUUCUUUCUUUCUUUCUUUCUUUCUUUCUUUCUUUCCCUAUAUAUUCAGAUCCCUUUUUUCUUUCUUUCUUUCUUUCUUUCUCCUGAAAUAUUCAAAUCUUUUUUGUUUAUUUGGGUUUUUUUUGUUUGUUUGUUUGUUUCUGUGUUUCUUUCUUUGUUUGUUUGUUGUUUUUCUUUCUUUCUUUCUUUUCUUUCUUUCUUUCUUUUCUCCUGAAAUAUUCAAAUCUUUAUCUUUUCUUUCUUUCUUUUCUUUCUUUCUUUCUUUCUUUCUUUCUUUCUUUCUUCUCCUGAAAUAUUCAAAUCUUUAUCUUUCUUUCUUUCUUUCUUUCUUUCUCCCCUAUAUAUUCAGAUGUUUCUUUCUUUCUUUCUUUCUUUCUCCUGAAAUAUUCAAAUAUUUAUCUUUCUUUCUUUCUUUCUUUCUUUCUUUCUUUCUCCUGAAAUAUUCAAAUCUUUAUCUUUCUUUCUUUCUUUCUUUCUUUCUUUCUUUCUUUCUUUCUCCUGAAAUAUUCAAAUAUUUAUCUUUCUUUUCUUUCUUUUCUUUCUUUCUUUCUUUUUCUUUUUCUUUCUUUCUUUCUCCUGAAAUAUUCAAAUCUUUAUCUUUCUUUCUUUCUUUCUUUCUCCCCUAUAUAUUCAGAUGUUUCUUUCUUUCUUUCUUUCUUUCUCCUGAAAUAUUCAAAUCUUUAUCUUUCUUUCUUUCUUUCUUUCUUUCUUUCUUUCUUUCUUUCUUUCUUUCUUUCCUUCUCCUGAAAUAUUCAAAUCUUUAUCUUUCUUUCUUUCUUUCUUUCUUUCUUUCUUUCUUUCUUUCUUUCCUUCUCCUGAAAUAUUCAAAUCUUUAUCUUUCUUUCUUUCUUUCUUUCUUUCUUUCUUUCUUUCUUUCUCCUGAAAUAUUCAAAUCUUUAUCUUUCUUUCUUUCUUUCUUUCUUUCUCCCCUAUAUAUUCAGAUGUUUCUUUCUUUUUCUUUCUUUCUUUCUCCUGAAAUAUUCAAAUCUUUAUCUUUCUUUCUUUCUUUCUUUCUUUCUUUCUUUCUUUCUUUCUUUCUCCUGAAAUAUUCAAAUAUUUGUUUAUUUAUCUUUCUUUCUUUCUUUCUUUCUUUCUUUCUUUCUUUCUUUCUUUCUCCUGAAAUAUUCAAAUCUUUAUCUUUCUUUUUUUUUUCUUUUCUUUCUUUCUUUCUUUUUUUUCUUUCUUUCCUUCUCCUGAAAUAUUCAAAUCUUUAUUUUUUCUUUCUUUCUUUCUUUCUUUCUUUCUUUCUUUCUUUCUUUCUCCUUAAAUAUCCAAAUCUUUGUUUGUUUGUUUGUUUUUGUUUCUUUCUUUCUUUCUUUCUUUCUUUCUUUCUCUUAAUAUAUUCAGAUCUUUCUUUCUUUCUUUCUUUCUUUUCUUUCUUUCUCCUGAAAUAUUCAAAUCUUUGUUUAUCUUUCUUUCUUUCUUUUCUUUCUUUUUUCUUUCUUUCUUUUCUUUUUCUCCUUAAAUAUCCAAAUCUUUGUUUGUUUGUUUGUUUUUGUUUCUUUCUUUCUUUCUUUCUUUCUCUUAAUAUAUUCAGAUCUUUCUUUCUUUCUUUCUUUCUUUCUUUCUUUCUCCUAAUAUAUUCAGAUCUUUCUUUCUAUCUUUCUUUCUUUCUUUCUCCUAAUAUAUUCAGAUCUUUCUUUCUUUCUUUCUUUCUUUCUUUCUCCUGA